UGUUGCUUUGUCUCUCGCACCGAUUACCAUUCGGAACCGGCUCUGAUAUAGAUUCUCCAUCACCGCUCUCGAACUCCGAGGCUGCGAUCACGAUUCUCUGUGUUUCCUUCUUCCUUUUGCGGGCCCCGCUUUUUUGUCUAAACAAAUUACACUACACUCUCCGACACGCACAGACAGAUGCACGACCAUCCAACGUGGAAACUUCGACGACGGACAGGAAAGGAGACAGCGGUGAAAGUAGAACCGAAGGAGGAGCAACUCGAAACCACAAACCACCUCCUUCAUUCUCCCUUGCCUCCUCCUCCUCAAGGCUGGGAACACCCUGCAGAAUUGGACUACCUCGACGCCUCCACAUGGUCGAAAGAUGACAUCAUCCGCCACCUCAUCACGAACUCCUUCUCCGUCCCCGCUCUCGUACCCCACUCCAAAUGGACGACCAUCAUCACCGCAGCGGAGGGCUCGACGACGAUGCUCCCCAACUCGUACCGCAUCCCGCUCAUGUUCGUCGGAGAGUUCAUGUGGUUCUCGCUUCGGUUGGUCCUCGAGGAUGAGAAGGAGUGGGAAAAGUUCAAGGGCGGGGUGUUGCAUGUGUCGAGGCUGUGCGAGGCGUUCUUGGGAGAGGCGAGGAGGGCUAUGGGUUCGGAGGGUCUGGGCGCUGCAUGGCGGUGCGCGGUGUUUGAUAGAGCGCUGGUGAGGUAUCGGUGGGGGUGUUUGUUUUCUGACCGGAAGCAUCUCCAGCUGUUUUGGGAGACUUAUGGGGAGCAGGAGUAUCGGAAGGAUCCGGUUAAGUUUUUUUGGAACCGGGUGGCGUUGAAAGGGCGGAAGGAAUUCAAACUGGACAAGGAGCACAUUGAGACUGGGGUUACGGCGUGUCAGUGGAUGAGAGGGUUGGCGAAGGAGGAUGGCGGCGAUUGGGUAUGGGUUACGGAUCAAACAAGUUCGCGUUCGACGGAGGCAUCGGAGUAUCUCGAAUUGUGGCAGCGCACAAAGGUAUGGGGACAACCGAUACCGACAUUGCCAUCCAGGGAUCCGGUGUGCGCGAUAGGUCCUUCGCCCAAUCUCUCAAAAGACUUGCCUACACCUUUCGAUGCCAUCCAAUCCCCAUCCAGGGGUCCCGAUCAACCAACACAAAUAUCGUGCAUCUCCCGACCUCGUGAGCCCGUGUUUGCCACAACAACGGAUCCUCCUCCUACCGAUACCAUCCACUCCACCCCCACGCCGGUUCCGAAAACCGACCUCUUGCAAAUCCUGCAUGCCCAAUAUCAAUCGAUACAGGUCCACCGCCGCUGCAUCCGUUCCUGCACUCUUUGUCCCAGCGCCUAAUUUCCCAAACCUUUCCGACCCGGACUGUUCGACGAGCUUCUGGAAGGACCCACUAGAGGCGCUGUUGGAUGCGGAUGUAUGCGAGGCACCUGGAUCUGUGAAGGCUGAGGAUACACUCGAGGAGGUUGCAUCCGUGAUGGAUCGCGACGUUGUGAUAUCACCGCCGAUUAAGUCUCCACGAAAGCUGAAACGAAAGAGGAUUGGCUGAUAUUUGUAGACGAGUGCGAUUGGUGGGCUUGGGCUCUGUGGUUGAAUAUGAUUACUUAUCUCUGUGUUUUUCUUUUUUCUUCGCGCC